UGUUCUCCCCUCUCUGCCCUCACCCCUCCCUCCCUUUCCCCACAACCCUUAUUCUUUCUUCCUUCCCAACAGCUCCCUCCCCCAGAGGUCCCUCCAUUUUUUUGUACUCCCCCCCAACUAUUCUCCCUUCAUUUUCACACUCUGGCCUUCUCCCCACGAGGGAGAAGAAUCAUUUGGCCCUUGUUUGAAAAGGGGAAAAGAUGGGGUAUGAAAGGGAGAGUGUGGUGACUAGGGAAGAAAUAUAAAGAGAAGGGAGAUGGUGAGAGGGGGUAGAGAAAAGGAAGAGGAGAAGGAAGAAGGCAAGAGAGAAAAGAAGGGAGAUGAAUGGAGGAGGGGGAGAUGAUGUGGGGAAAGACGAGAAGGGAAAUAGGAGAGCUGUGAGCAGAGCAAAGAUUUGAUGGGGAGAAAAGUGCAGAGACAUAUAUGGAGGAGGAGGAGAGGCUGUAAGAGAGUCCGAGGAAGUCGAGAGGAGAGAAGAUGAGAAGGCAGUUAGGAAUCUCUAGUCCGACUUUCCAUUUCUUUUCCAGUUCUGCCCAGCCAACCCAGCCUCUGCCUCAUCCUCCUGUCCUCCUUCCCCUGGGACCCUCAGCGCUGAAGCCUGUGGGGGCUGGGCCAAAGCUUGGCGCCUCCCCAGGCCCCCAUGGGCAGGGCUGCCUCCAACCGGGACUGGCAGAUGGGUGGGAAAGGGGUGGGGGUAGAGAGGCCUGAUCCCUCCCAUCUAGCCUUUCCAGGCCACAGGGGCUGGGCUGGGCUGGCCGAGGGCUUUUAACCAGCUGGAGGAGGCUCCUGACCGGCUUUUGGCGGUGAAGGCCUCUGGGAAAGGAAAGACAUGCAGCCUGACUGUCCCACUCCGCGGGGGCCUGGGAAUGGCCAGGGCCAGGAUUCAGUUCCCAGCCGGCAAGGCCAGGACCCAGGUCCCAGCCGCCCCGGGGAGCUAGCCAAGCCCCCGUACAGCUACAUCGCUCUCAUCACCAUGGCCAUCCAGAGCUCCCCGGGCCAGAGGGCCACGCUCAGUGCCAUCUACCACUACAUCAUGGGCCGCUUUGCCUUCUAUAGAGACAACCGGCCCGGCUGGCAGAACAGCAUCCGCCACAACCUGUCCCUCAACGAGUGCUUUGUUAAGGUGCCCCGAGAUGACCGCAGACCUGGCAAGGGCAGCUAUUGGACCCUGGACCCCGACAGCUACAACAUGUUUGAGAAUGGCAGCUUCCUGCGGCGGAGGCGCCGCUUCACUCGCAAGAGGGGAUCUGAGCCCGAGACUGAGACACAGAGGAAGGCCAAGAGCAGGGCCCGAGGUGGGACAGGCCGUGGGGUCUAUCGGGCCUCUGGGAUGCCAGACCCUCGCAGCGAUGUCCCAGAGCGGGAGGGUGCCUCUGGCCAGGCCAAGGCUACCACUGGACCAUGCCUGGCCCCACCACUGGAGCUGCCUGAGACCCAGGGCCUAUGCCACACUAAUCCAGAGACAUCACCCAAUGAGAGCCUCUUUGGGGGACUGGCAGAUGCCCUCCCUACAACCCCGGCUGGUCUGUACCUUUCCACUUCUGAGCCACUGGCCCUGCCAGCUUCACAGAUGCUGAUGGACCUCAAGGAGCCUCCUGAGCCAGCCGGGUCUCCUGGACAGAGGGUGGACCCUCGAGAGCUGCCACCCUCCUCCUCCUCCUCCACCUCCUCCUCCUCCUCCUCUUCCUCUUCUGCCUCUCCAUGCCCAGCAUUCAGCCUGCCCCCAGUCUUCCCUGCCCCUCAGGGCCCUCAGCCCUCCCCAGCCCGAUUCCCUGAGGGUGAGGCCUAUGGCAAGGCAGGGCUGCCCAUCUUUGGUAACUUUGGUGGGGCUGAAGCUCUGGGUGGCAGCUACCAGUGCCGCGUGCAAGCCCUGAGCUUCUGCAUGGACGAGCGGGGCUGUGGCCCGGCCCUGGAUCAUUUGCUCGCACCCACUCCAGCUUCCCCAGCUACCCCCACUCAGUCACCUCCCUUCCAAUCCCCACUACCCCUUCGGGGGAACCAGAAGGAGCCCUGGACUGGGGGGCCUUUCCCACUCCAGGGAGGAGGAAGCUACCAGCUAGGGCUACCCCACUGCCUCUAUCGGACCCCAGGCAUGUUCUUCUUUGAAUGAAGUUUUCCUUCUGGUCCUCUGCUUCUUCCCUUGUACAGUCAGACGGGCUCUCCCACCGCUUCAUGCAAGGACAUGCUAAAGAAUGGACUCUAACCUUUGGGCUGGAGCCAUUUGAUACUCUCCAGGGGCAGAUACCCUGCUCAGUCCAUCCCCAGCACACCGAGUCUCUGAGAGAGAGGGGGCCAGGGAUGGCAGAGGGUAGGGCUCUCCCCUCAGUGAAUCCAGGGGCCAGAAAAGUCUAAGCCAGGGAGAGGGAUGGUUCCCAAAGUCAGAUGAAAAACUAAGGAUUAAAUCACAGACUAUGAGAGCUGGAAGGGACUUCAGAGGUCAUCUAAUCACUUUACAAAGGAGGAAACAGAGGGACCCAAAGGAGGAAAAUGACUUGUCUAAGGUCAUACAGCUAGUAGUUUGUAGAGCCAGGCCCGAACCCAGGUCAUCUGACUCUUAAUCCCAAACUCUUCCCACUACUGAACAGGACUGAAGAGGCAGCAGAAGCAGGAGGUCUUCAUCUUCCUUGAAUGACACAGGGCUCUGCCUGACCAGGAUCCCAGAGCUCGGUGUAGCAACCUCAUGCCCUGGCUCCUCCAUGGACAAACUUGGGGAGUGUGGGGAAGGAGGUGUGAGACUGGACCUAUGUCAGAUUUUAUUGACACUCUACUUAAUAAAGCAAGUGAGUCUUGAAAGACA